AUGGCCUCUACCCAAAGCAGCAUUAAAAUCUUUUGCAAUCUUGGUGCAAAAAAAACCAACACUGUGACAAUUGCUGCUGUUAUCAUCAAUCAGAUAGUAUACACAGCUACUACUCUUGGGAUAUUUGAAGAGUUGACUAAUUCACUGAGACCAAUGACUGCCUGUAUGCUGGCUCUCAAACUUGGGCUAGACGCUGACGCUACUGAACGUCUGCUGAAUGCACUGUCAGCUCUUUCACUGGUCGAAAAAUCUUUCAAUUCCAGCAAUUCGGCUGUAUACAGAAGUAGUACUUGUGCCGAGAAGUAUCUAGUCAACUCGAGUCCAUUCACAAUGAAACCACUGAUUCACAAAGUUGGAGACCUAUAUGCUGUGUUCGGCCAACUGACGAAGGGUAUCAAAGAAGGUCGCCAACAGCUGAACACGGCACUGGGAAAAGGAGACCAAUGUUUCAAGAAAGGAAAUGGAUUAUAUUCAGACGACAAGAAGCGGAUGGAGUUCUUGAGUACUAUGCAGAUGUUUUCAUAUGCAGACGCUCCACACGUCUUGAAGGCUUUUGACCUGAAGCAAUACAAAACCGCCAUUGACCUUGGAGGAGGAACCGGGGCAUUCGGGCUGACCCUGGCCAAAAAGUACCCCUCCAUGCACGUGACUGUGGCCGACUUACAUGACGUCGUCAAGAUGGCCGACCAAUUUUUGCCUAAAGAUGUGCCUGAAAAUUUACACUAUGAAAUCAAAGACUUCUUCGAAGACAGCUUGACCCCUGCUGACCUCUACAUCCUGAGCAACGUCGUACACGAUUGGGACGUCGAACACCUGGAUAAGCUACUCACGAAAGUUUACCACGCCAUCAAACCAGGUGGUGCUUUAUUAGUUUUGGAGAAAAUUUUGAACGAGAACAAAGACGGCCCGCUAUCGACACUCAUUCUCGACCUGGGCAUGCUGGUGACCGUGAACGGCAGGGAGCGGACCGCGGCAGAGUACAAACAGCUUUUCUCUGAAUACGGAUUCAAGAACAUUCGGAUAAAAGUUCUUCCUGAAGCCCGCCUGAGGGAUGCCAUCCUGAUGGAGAAGUUGCUGCUUCCCACCGAGAUGAAAGAGGAGGAGAUAUCGUUAGGAGAGAUGAGGAAGGUUGUCGAUGAUUUGAAGUAAUCGUUCAGGGUUUAAGAAUUGUUUUUAUUAUUUAGUUGUUACUAUCACAUCUAUUAUUAUUAUUAUUAUUUAGUUACAAUUAUUAUUUCUAUUAUUAUUAUUUAAUUAUGCAAAUUAAGUAUUAUUUAUAUAUUAAGAUGUAUACAAAUAUUUUCAUUACCAUUGGACUGCAAGCUAAGGAGAUAGAAGUUUAACAUGUUGAUGCAUUUCACGUAAUGAGAUCAAUAUCUAUAUUGGUGUUUCCUAUAUAUUAAUAUAUAUAUAUAUAUAUAUAUAUAUAUAUAUAUAUAUAUAUAUAUAUAUUAACUUUUUAAUGUCUGUACAUUUUUUUUAAUUUGUCCAUAUAAUAUAUACAUGUAUAUAACCAUUAUAACCAUACAUAAGG